AUGCUUGUAUUUAUUAAUGCCUUCUUUUAUACUUCAAUUUGUUUAUUCAAUCAAAAUUAUGAAAAUAAUUUAGUAUCGAAUGAUAUAACAGGUACCAUGAACUGUAGUAUUCCAAAUUUUGAAAUAGCCCCUGAAAUUAAGGAUGAAUCUUUUAGUUGUUACAAUAUUAAAGAAAAUUUAAAAAAUUUAAGUUGUACCUCAAAGACAAAAAAUGCUAAAUGUACCUUUAAAAAUGUUACUUCAUUACCAAAUUGUUCAAAUCUUCAAAAAAAUUGUGUUAGCCUUAUAUUUGAUUGUAAAAUAUUAAAAAAUAAAAAAGAUUCAAUUGAAACUUCUAAAGUAAUAAAAACAAAUAUCAUAAAUAAAUAUGAAAAAUCAAAAUUUUCUUAUAAUGCAAUAAAAUAUUCACGAGAUAUAACUAUUAGAAAAAUGAUAGAAAAAGAAAGGUUAUUUUUAAAGUUUGGACAUUUAAAAACUCCAAUAUCAGAAUCUAAUUUUGAAACCAUAGGAAUAUUUUGUACAAUUAUUAGUAUAUUUUCGUUUCUAUUUUUAAUUUAUAUUAUAGUUAUAAUUCUACUGAAAUGGGAAGAAGAAAAAUUAGAAUCUUUUUGUUAA